GACCCCUCUCGCAACUAGCAAGUCAAAGUAGGAUCUUAUAUUCUUAUCACUGUUUCACUCUCAUCCUCUCCUUCUCUUUCAAGUUUCAAGCCGGAUUUGAUUCUUAAACAGGAAGAAUCGAUUCGUUGUCAAGCUGGGUUUUCAAAGCUUAUUUAAGACUUAUCAGGUACCAAUCACUUCGAUUCAUUCAAAUUUCACUCUCUGUAAAUACCAUCAAGAAGGGGAGCUUAUAUAGAAAUGGAUAGCGAAAAUGAGAAAACUCUGGUAGAAAUUUUGGAGGCAAACAUUAAGGUUGACAUUGCGAAAUAUAUAAAUUUUGUUAGUAACCCGCAAUCAGGUGCAAUUGCAACCUUCUCUGGUACUACACGUGAUACGUUUGAAGGGAAAACUGUUGUUGAAUUACGGUAUGAAGCUUAUGUACCAAUGGCUGAACGUCAAAUUAAAUCCAUUUGUUCUUCGGCUCGGUUGUCUUGGAGUUUGGAAUCGAUUGCUGUUGCUCAUCGUCUUGGGUCAGUGCCUGUAGGGGAGACUAGUGUUUUUGUUGCUAUCUCGUCGGUUCAUAGGGAUGAUGCUUUGGAUGCGUGUAAGUAUGUAAUUGAUGAGCUUAAGGCUUCGGUUCCCAUAUUUAAGAAGGAGGUUUAUUCAAAUGGAGAAGUUUGGAAGGAGAAUCGGGAGUUUUUGGAGAGGAAGGAAGAGUACAGCAGUGGUAUUGGUGCGGCAGGUGGUAAAGUUUGUUGCGGGAGCAAGGUUAAAGAAGUUCCAGCUGCAAAGGAAAAAAAGAGUUGUUGCGGUAAUAAGACUAUGGUAAGAGAUGAGGAAGCAGAAUGUACUAGUUAGCAUCGCUAAUGGAUAUUUUAGUUGACUGGAGGCGUAACCAAAUGGAAAAAAGAAUACUGGAAUGAACUUUACUAAAAGAUUGAAAAUAAAAAUAGUUUGGUGCUCUUAUCGGGGAUCCAAUUCUGGUAAGCUCUCAGUUUUAUGAAAUCCUUGAACUAAUUUGUUCUUAAUCUGUGCAAUUUAGCAUAAUUCACCACUGUUUUUUCCCACAAAACAUGAGAAUAUAUGUUCUGGUGUUAAUGCAUCAUUGGUGGCUAGAGUUGUAUCGAGAAAUUUAAACUGAUUGAGUUUCUGCAUUGUCUCAAGGACCUACUUAUUUAUGUACUUUUCCUUGUGUUGUAAUAGGAGAUUAUAUACCACAAUCAUGUAGGAUCUGAUGAUCCACAACUGCAGAUGCUGCACUCAGAUUUGUUUUCAUUUUUUGUUGUUCGUUUUCGCAUAUUUUUAUUUCUGACUGAGUUAUUUUU